CUGAAUUAUUUUAUUUUCAUUUCCUAUUUCUGCAGAGUCAUACAUAACGUGAUUGUAUUUUUGAACUCUGUAGUAUUUCGUAUUUCCUUAUUUUGAAAAUGAGUUUCGCCCUUCCAUCAGUAAAAGUUAAACCAUCUGAACCAGACAGCUUCAAUAUAAAAGGGGGUACAUUUGGCACUCCAGAUUUGAUGACUUGUGGCUUAGCAUCUGCAAGAUCUACUAGAGAUGCUGCUCAUCCAGUUGCAUCUUCAGAACGUGAAUACAGGAAUAAUAUUGAUAAAAUGAACAUGACCAUGUUGAGAAACACACAAGGUUUACAUGCUCCCUUAAGAAUAGCAAUGGAAUUGAAAUCUGCUAAAAAGAUUGGUAGACUGCAGUUUUUGCCCUCCUCUAACAUCAUGCAUGACAUUUUGACUGGCAGGGACUUGGAAGUGGGUCCAGAAGAUGUAUUCAAUACUCCAGAGUUCCUAGAGCUAUCUGGACAGCCUCAUGCUAUGGUUGAAAGAUCAUUGGGAAUCUUGUAGAAGAAGUUGCAAUAGGUUAUUUUUAGGAGGUAUUACAAUUGAUAGAUUCUCUCACUUUUUUAUAUCAAGUUUUAUUUCAUUCAAUAUGCACAGAUUGUUUCUUGUCUCAAAUUCAAUAAAUCUUAUACUACUUCUACCUACCCACAUUUUUCUUUUGUUCUUGUCUCUUGAUUGAAUAAAUACAAAUUUUUUAAUGGCACAAAUAAACAAUCAACAAUAAAAUAUUCCAACAAUUAUGUUUCCUGCAAGGGUACUAUUUUCUGUAGCCAUUCAUAGAGUCCCAAAAUUUCAUGCUUUUUCAGUUCAUGCAUCGUGUUCUUUAUUGUUAUAAAGUCUGCCUUUAUGCCCAGUUGAGUUAAAUCUCUGUAAGUUUUUUGGCCCCAAGAAAUUGGCACCAUAGAGUCUCGAUCUCCAUGACACAUGUACAGGGGGAUGUCCAAGUGUUUGGCAUUGUUCAAUAGUGCAGAAUUGUUGUUGAGAAAUGAGGAUAAUGUAAAAACGCCUGCCAAGCCUGGGACAAAUCUGUAAGCAGUGUGUAGGGCCAGGGCUCCACCCAUUGAGAAACCUCCUUGAAA